AUGGCGGCGGCGGGCGCUCCAGGAUUACGGCGGCGGGAUGAAGACGUGGUGCUGCUGCUCGAGAGAGCCCAUUACCGACAUGACCCGCGCUGGCUGCUGCCCGUGGCCCCGCGCCUGUGCCUGGCCUGCACACUGGAGCUGCUACAGGAGCAGGGCGUGUCGUUGGUACGCAAAAAACAUAUGCUGUCCUGCUUCCGAGAUGCCCUUGUGAAACACACCUCCUUGGUCAUGCAGCUGGUGGCUCAGGACCAGGAAGUCUGCGUCUAUUUCAUAAGCAUGCUUUUUGGACUUUUGUGCAGUGUGGAAGAUGAGAGUGUAAUAGAUCUCUGUGUUGAAGUUGUUAUCCAGCUUACAACACAGGUGAAGCUGGAGCAGAUCACCCAUUACCUGUUGGACAAGUGUCACAAAGAGCUGUGCAACACGCCCUCCAUGCGAGGUCGUCUGGCCACCAUGACUCUUCUUGGCAAGUUGGUGGACGCUAUCCCUGCUCUGGCAGAUGACCUUGUAAUGGAGCACAGUAACCUGAUGGAGCACCUAUCGAAAGGGUUGGUAUACCCUAAUGAGGCGGUGCAAUCUUCCAUCUGUUAUCUCUAUGGGAAGCUCUAUUCUUCACCAGUAGCAGCCAAGAUGCUUUCAGGCCAUUUCCGGGAGAAGUUGUGUCCACUUUUCUUUUCUAUCCUGGAGAGUGCCCAAGCAAAGGAGCUACAGAUCAAUUGCUUGGGUUUGCUGAGGCAGCUGCUGAAGUAUGACCUCUUUGUGUCCUUGCUUAUGAGCAAGUCUGUGCUCGUGGAAAGUGCUAAGACCAUCAAAGCGUCACAAGGAGAGACCUCACUGCCUUUGGUACUCAAAAAGUUUCUUCUUUCCAGAGAUGAGAUCUUGCAAGUGGCAAGUACCCACUGUAUAACUGCAGUGCUGGUCCACUCCCCAGUGAAGUAUGCCCCUGCCUUCAUCCAUGCUGACAUCCCAGAAUUCCUCUUUGAGCAUCUUUCUUCUUCCAGUGAAGUGCUUGUCUGGUCUACCUACAACUGCUUGAUACUCCUGACAGAAGAACCACUCUUCUUUUCCAAGUGCCAUACAGUAUAUGGGAUCGAGGCAGUGGUCAGGAGCCUUCAAGGAAGCUUGAAGAUGACCAACACAGAGCUGCAUAAGCAGGGCCUGCUGCUCUUUGCUGAAAUUCUGACUCGGCAACCAGAAGAGAUCAGGCUGUUCACAAGUUCAGCUUUGUGUGGAGAUGCUGGCCGUGCCCUCCAAGAGGCAGUGAGCAGUCCAGUCCUGGAGGUGGCUACUGAAGCAGUGAAGGCCAUUUCUGCUUUCCUGAGGUGGGGGCAUGCCUGCAGCAGAAAUUCAGAGAAAGCCAUUAUUCGAAGGGGAAAGUUCCUCCAGAGCACUCUGGAAGGAUUUAGAAAAGCCUGCAGAUUGGCUGUGGAAUUCCAGAAUGAGCCUUUGGCCCAGGAGAAUCCCUUUACAGCUCCCAGUGCAGAGAAGGAAGAUACCCUGGAGGCUUUUUCAGAAUUUCUUCUCAGAGCCUGUGACUCUCUAUGUAUCCCACUGGUGAUGACAUACUUGGAGCAGGCCACCCAUCCAGCUUUAAUGGAAACUUUUUUCUCGAUUCUGUACAACCUCUUUGUCAUCGUUCCUCACAUGAAGGAAAGAUUCUCCAAGAAGCUUGCUUCCUCAUGCUUCAUACAACUUACCCUGGAGCUGAAGGCCAAGUUCUACAGUGGCUCUAGUGAUUCAAGCCUAAAUCAAGUAUGUUCCAGUUUCCUCUACUAUAUGUGCCUUAACCUCCUUUCAGCUCCAGAGAAAACAAGACCACCUUCCCAAGACGAACUCUCUGCAGUAUCUGAGCUCCUGCAGUAUGGUCUGCCCCAGAUAAGCAGCAGGACCCCUGAAAACCUUGCCUUCCUAUCUGAUCGUCAAUAUGUGGAGGAAGCUGCUCGCCAGAGGCAGUACUGCAUCCUGAUUCUCUUCUACCUGGCCUGUAUCUACGAGGACAGGUUUGUCCCAGCGGCACAGUUAUUGGAGGCUGUGCAAAGCUUCCUCCUAUCUCUACAGGACCAGGGUGAGCUUCCACCACCAGUAAUCUGCAGAGCCUCUAUCUAUCUGCUUGCAAUCUGCCAAGACAAGGACAGUGUACUGCGUGAGACAGUGGUUAGUGCAAUCAGAAAAUUCCUAGAGAGCAUCUCUGACUUGUACUUGGUCUACACUCACCACCCCCACCUGCUCAGGUUCUUCCUGGUGUAUCCAGAGUUGAUGAGUAGGUUUGGGCACCGUGUUCUGGAACUUUGGUUCUCCUUUGAAGGGAGCAACUAUGAGGAACUGGAUGAUGUCCCUUUUGCUGAACAGCCCACCCUUCCUCCCAGCUUCACAGACCUGUUCCAGAUACUCAGAAGCAGCCCCAGCAUUCUGCUCAUUUUGAUGGACCUUAUCUAUUCCAGCCCAGCAGACAUAGCCCGCAAGGUAUUGAUUGUCCUGAAGACCUUCCUGAAGAAGAAUGAAGAUAUCCAAGUAGGCAGUCUUGUCCGAGGCCACUUCCUGUUCACCCUGCAACACCUGCUGGUGGAGGAUGUAGUCCUCCCAUCAGGAGUCUCAGAGAACUUGUCACUGCUGCUGAACCUCCUGUCACUGGUACAACUGAGGACUGAGUCAAAACAAGAACUGGACAGCAUGGCCAUGAAACUCCUUCACCAAGUGAGCAAAUUGUGUGGGAAGUGCAGCCCCUCUGACGUGGACAUUCUACAACCUUCCUUCAACUUCUUGUACUGGAGCCUUCAUCAGACUACGCCCAGCAGUCAGAAAAGAGUUGCGGCUGUGCUCCUGAGCUGCACGGACCUGAUAGAGCUUCUGGAGAAGAUGCUGGCACUCACCUGGACAGAGAUGGACUCUCCCAGAAACCCGCUGCUCUGCUCUGCAUGGUUACUCACUGCUUCCUGCUCUGCCCAGCAGCACCAUGGCAAUUUAAAGGUUCACCAGACACUGUCCGUGGAACUGGACCAAAUACUGAAAGCUCUCAGCUUUCCCAACAAAAAGGUUGCGCUGCUCCUAGCUGCCAUCUUAAACUUCCUGCGGACAGCCCUGCAACAAAACUUUUCCUCUGUCCUGGUGGCCUUGGUGCACUCAGGGUCCCGCCCCCCAGCAGCCCCUGGGAGCAGUGUCCUGGCUCCACUGGAAGCAUCACAAGUGCUGUCUCUGGUCGUUGGGCUGCAGAACCUUCUGGUUCAGAAGGACCCUCUAUUGUCCCAAGCCUGUGUUGGCUGCCUGGAGGCCUUGCUUGACUACUUGAAUGCCCGGAGUCCAGACUUAGCACUCCAUGUGGCCUCCCAACCUUGGAAUCGAUUUUUGCUCUUCACUCUCUUGGAUGCUGGAGAGAAUCCCUUUCUCAGACCUGAGAUACUGAGGCUUAUAACGCUGUUUGUGCGGUACCAGAGCAGCAGUGUCUUCUCUCAUGAAGAGGUGGGUCAAGUUUUGGAAGCGGCAGUUUUGGCGGACUUUUCUACCCUCUCAAAUACCACAAUCCGGGCUCUACGUAACUUCUUCCUGCAGGUGCAGAGCAUGGGCCUUCUGACUGACCACAACACAGCCCAGACCCUGCAGGCCUCCCUGGAGGGCUGUUCCCCUAGUACCUUUUCUGCCCAGCCUCUUCAGGACAUGCUCUGCCUGGGAGGGGUAGCUGUAUCCCUGUCCCACAUCAGAGACUGAGCCUCAUGACUUAAGAGAUCCAGAAACUAAGAGCCAUAAGACCUGC